AUGUUCCACGCAUCCAGCACCCGACUCAACGCCGCCGGUCUCGCACCAGAGCACUCGAAGCUGCUUCCAGAGCGACAGGCCAAGGACGACGAAGCUCACCUUCUUCAACUUCUUCACCAACUCUACACAUCCGUCACGCCCAGCGAUGAAUGCUUCUCGCUCUUUGCAAACGAGGCCAUCCUUACGCUUCCCACGGGUGACGUAGUCGUUGGACCCAACGGCAUCAAGUCGAAGUUCACCGAUAUCCUUGCACCUUUCCCGCAACGCACUUUGCGUCAGCGUCUGCUGGUCACCCCCGAGUCGCUGCCCCUCCGCACCAUUGUGCUCGACCACAUGCUCAGUCUCUCUUCGGACGACGGUCAGACGGUCAAGAACGUCCACUCGCUCGUCGUAAUCAAGCGCAAGGCUCAGGACGGCAAGAUCACCUCGCUCGUCGAAGAAGAAGGCCACCGCAAGGCAACUGCCCCGCUCGCUGCAAGGGCGGCGGCUGCCAACAGCUUCUACUCACCCACCGACGCUCAAUUGAGCCCAGUGACGUCCAAGCUCAACUUGGCAAAGAAGAAGCACCACAUGAAGGCCAAGCCUACCGCACUGUUUGCCAACAGGUCUGGGUUGAGGCAAGCCAUCAUUCCUGGCUCGCCGGCUCAUAGCACGGGAACCAACGCCGACAUGGAGUUUUGA